UGGGCCGCUGGGCCUGUAGCUACACGCGGCGCCGGAACUUCUGCUGACCGGGGCCGCAGGUAGCCUGGGAACCGCGGGAGCGCCUGCGUGCGCGCACCGAGCCCUGGGCCCCACUCAAUAAGGCCGUAGCACUGCGCUCUGGGAACGGCGUGAGGAUUGUGCAGGCUUCUUUCUCCGUCUGCUUCUGGUCCCGCGCGCCCUUCUUGGGCGUCCGCCCUUCGGCGUCCUGGCUGCUUGGCCCGUGGCUGUCCGGGCGGUAGCCUGGCUGCUCCUAUGGGCGGCGACUGGGCGCACCUGCUGGCCAGCCAUGGCCUUCACCGCUCCCCCCUCUGACCCUGGCAUGAGAGCCACUUGUUCUGAAAUUAUUUUGAGGCAAGAAGUUUUGAAAGAUGGUUUCCACAGAGACCUUUUAAUCAAAGUGAAAUUUGGAGAAAGCAUUGAGGACUUACAGACCUGCCGACUCUUAAUUAAACAGUACAUCCCAACAGGACUUCUUGUGGACCCAUAUGAGUUGGCUUCAUUACGAGAAAGAAACGUAACAGAGGCAAUGAUGGUUUCAGAAAAUUUUAAUAUAGAAGCUCCUAACUAUUUGUCGAAGGAAUCUGAAGUUCUUAUUUAUGCCAGACAAGAUUCACAGUGCAUCGAUUGUUUCCAAGCCUUUUUGCCUGUGCACUACCGUUAUCAUCAGCCACAUAGUAAAGAUGGAGAAACCUUUAUUGUAGUCAAUAACCCAGAUUUGUUGAUGUAUUGUGACCAAGAGUUCCCAAUUUUGAAAUGCUGGGCUCAGUCAGAAGUAGCAGCUCCUUGUGCUUUAAAGAAUAGAGAUAUUUGCCCGUGGAACAAUAUGAAGUACAAAUCAGUAUAUAAGAAUGUGACUCUACAGGUUCCAGUGGGACUGACUAUACAUACUUCUUUAGUAUGUUCUGUAACUCUGCUCAUUACAAUCCUGUGUUCUACUUUGAUUCUUGUAGCUGUUUUCAAAUAUGGUCAUUUUUCUUUAGAUGGGGGUCUUGCUGUGUUACCCAGACUGGACUCACAGAUCCUUCCAUCUUGGCCUCCCCGUGUGCUGGGAUUACAGGGAUGAGCCAUGCCUGCCAGCUUUGUUUCCUGCUCAUGUUUUCUAGCUCCUGUCUUAUUUUCCUUAAUCAUUUAAAUAAACUUAUUUUAUAUAGUAUAUUCUGUAACCAGUAAUUCCAAUAUCUAAACUCCAGAUGGGCUCCAUUAUUUUCUUUGUAGUUUCUGUUGACUCACUCAUUGUGGCUUAUUUCCUCAGGUAAUAUAUUAUGUUUUGGGUGCUCAUAUUGGGCUUUGAGAAUUCUUAUGUGUGGAUCUGUGGAAUCUUUUGAGGCCUGGGUUGAGAGUGCACUUG